ACGCCCACCCGCACGCACCCAGCCACGCUCCCGGCAAUCCCCAACGACGCGAGCGCAUACGACUCCCUCCCUCCUUUUAAACCGCGCCACACGCCGACCAACCGGAACCGGAACCUGAACCCGCCGACGACUUCUUCCUCCCCUCCCCUCCCCGCCCCUCCUCCCACCGAUCUCUCCUCCUCUCUCAUGGCGACGUCAACUUCGCGCGACCGCGGCGGCUACCCGCCGGACUCGACGCGGCUGCGCAUCGGCGACGACAUCGCCUGGGCGGACGUCGGCGGCGUCUACGACCGCGACGACUCCCUCAAGGAGAACACCAACCCCAAGUGCCUGCUCAAGGCCCACAACCCGAGCGCGCCCGGCCAGCACCACCACCACCACCACAACGGCGCCGCGUCGCAGCGCUUCUCCGGGAACCUGAAGCCCACGGCGGCGCCCAUCAUCGGCCUCUCCGGGAAGCUCGGCCAGGGCGGCGCGCGGCGGACCCACCAGCAGCACCCGCCCGCCAUGUUCCCCAAGAAGGCCAAGACCGGCGGCGGCGGCCGCAACCCGAGGCCCGCCGUCCCGGAGGACGAGCCCAGCUCCCCCAAGGUCUCGUGCAUCGGGAAGGUGCUCUCCGAGCGCGAGAGGGCGCGGCGCAGGCCUCGCCCGCCCCCCUCGGAGCGCCCUCCUUCCGGCUGCUGCCCUGGACUCGGCUUCCUCAUGCGCCGCAGCCGCUCGCGGAAGAGCGCCGUGGAGAGCGUCGACUGGUCCCCGCCUCCCCCGCCACCGGCAGCGAGGCGGAGGGAGGCGAAGGCGGCCGAGACGGAGGAGGCCGCGCCGGCGCCGGCGCCCGGGCUGGGAGGGGUCAUGCGGUUCGCGUCGGGGAGGCGGGCGGCGGAUUGGGCGGCCCAGAUGGAGGUGGACGACUGCGUGGCGAAAUCCGGGCCGUUGUAGCGCGGGCAGGAGAUUUAAUUUUGCUCUCGGGUUGGGUUUGGUUUGUGUCCGCUUCUGCUGCUUGUUGUUGCCGUGCUCUAGGCUUAGUAAACUUGUUUGUGUUUGUGUGUAUAUACUGAUAGUAUUAAUUAGGACAACACAUUUGUGGGAUCAUGAUAUGGAUUUGAAAAUCAGACAAAAUUUUGCUAGUUUCCUCAUCUGCUUUUGGCUCGUUUCUGAAUUGUUACAAUUUCACAUGUUCUUGACAAUGCAGUCCUGACAUCCUGUGGAAA